AUGUCUCUCCAAUCCUACAUAAACAAAAAGGUCCUCAUCCUCACCGUAGACGGUCGCACACUAAUUGGCACCCUCCUUUCUACCGAUCAACUCACAAAUCUCGUCCUGUCACAGACAGUGGAGCGCAUAAUACGAACCCCCGAUGACCCAGAACCCAGCUCGCAGGUCGAACAUGGCCUGUAUCUGAUACGUGGCGAUAACGUCGUCAUCUGCGGAGAAGUCGAUGAGGAAAUCGACAGUGGCAUUGACUGGUCUAAGGUUAAGGGUGAAAUGGUCAAGAGCACGAAACAUAUCUAA